AUGAGUGUUCCUAAUUCUACUCCUAAUUCUUCUGCCAAUUUCCUCCAAACCUUACAAGACUUGAUGAGACGAUAUGAAGAUGCCAUCAUAAAAAACCCAUCACUUGCAACUAGGACAGAAUCCAUAUUGAAGUUUGCCAGUUACAUAGUACCAGGAUAUUUCAGUGGAGGAGGAAUAGGGGCUCAACGAUUAUCAGAGCUUGGUUACUGUAUCUCAAAUCUUUACAAAUUACUCAAUGACUAUGUCAUUUCUAAAAGAUGUCACUCGUCAACGAAAAUAAAUUAUCUGCCAUUACCCCAGCAACGGUUGCUGUGGUUACUGGCUCUCAUGGAAAAUACAGAAGUUGUCUUGGAGCUUUUUGGCGAUUAUAUUUAUAGAGACUUUGGUAAAUGGGUUGUAAUACUGUGGAUGAGAUUGAUUAAAGCUAUCAUGCAAUGUAUCGUUAUAUUCAAAUAUCGCUCGUGUAUACUAGCAUCUCCUCCUGUACCAAGCGUUGAGAGAAAUGAAGCUACUCUCAAUCAAACUAAUACAAUACAGCAGGAGCCUCAUGAUGGCCAGCCAGCUGCUUAUUUAGGUCAGAGGACAGGGAAAGUCAUUCGCUCAAUACACUCAGAAUUGCAAGUGGUUGAGACUCAGACUGGUACCAGGAAUAGGAAUAGAGAUUCGGAAUUGAAUACUAAGCAGCUUGUCGCCGAAGGACUGCACAUUUCACGUCCUCUCGUACACUUGUUUUCAAUGGUAUUGUUUCAGGAGUCGUCAUGGAAGCCCUGGCUUGUAUCUCUUGCAAUGGACGUCAUCAGAGCCACUGGUUGA